AUCCCGGCCUUUUCCCCCUUUUUAAACAGCCGUCCUGUUGGGUGCAAAGUGGCAUCUCGUUGUCAUUUCAUUUGCAUUCCCUUGAUAACAAGUAUCUCCUGUGCUUCUGGCUCUCUGGAUGAGGUCUUCUUACCUGCUGUGGCUCCUGCUCCUCCGGAAUAGCCUCAGAGCGAGCGGCGGGGGAAGACAGUCUUGGGGUAACAGUGGAGCAUGCCAGGUGUCAGAGGGGUCUGGGAAAGCAGUCUUUGAUUUCCUCUGGCCCUGUGAUCUGCCGCCGGCUCCUUUCUCCCCAGGUCAGGCCAGGGAGCCUUGAAGGUCUCUUCCCCAGGGCAGCUCAUAGGAACUAAAAGUCCUCCCCGAGUCCAGGAGGAACCGGGAUGUGGCAGCCGCAGUCACACCCUUCCGUGCGGCCGCACGUCUGCACUCCUCCUGCUCUGGUCACCGCAUGUCCCGGCUGCUGCAGAAGGACGCGGAGCAGGAGUCGCAGAUGCGAGCCGAGAUCCAGGACAUGAAGCAGGAGCUCACCUCAGUCAACAUGAUGGACGAGUUCGCCCGCUACGCACGCCUGGAGCGGAAGAUCAACAAGAUGACAGACAGGCUCAAGACUCACGUGAAAGCUCGGACGGCUCAGCUAGCCAAGAUAAAGUGGGUCGUCAGCGUGGCCUUCUACAUCCUGCAGGGGCCUUGCUCACCGGCCCGGCCUUCGCAGGCCACGCUGAUGAUCUCGCUCAUCUGGAAGUACUAUUCUGUCCCCGUGGCCGUGGUGCCGAGCAAAUGGAUAACCCCGCUGGACCGCCUGGUGGCCUUUCCUACCCGAGUGGCAGGCGGUGUUGGAAUCACCUGUUGGAUUUUAGUCUGUAACAAAGUCGUGGCUGUUGUGCUUCAUCCUUUCAGCUGAAAAGGAAAACGAAUACAGACACGAGACUUCAACAACGAUUUCCUCUUCUCGGGUUAAAAAUCUGGUUGACACUUUUGCAGUCAAACGUUAUACGGGCUAGAUUUUCUGUUGAAUAUGUUUGUUCUUACAGUUUAUGAGACUCUUCCAAGAACUGUCGUUUUCUCUGCCUGCUGUUGAGCCAGAAAGCCCUCUGUGAUGUGUGUACCGGCCGGCAGCCCAGGUUUGUAAUCCGUGGAAGCUUCGGCGGUGUCUGCCUGCUGAUUGGCACUGUUGCCCCAGCUUGGUCCUCUUGCCGACUGGAAAGUCAACAUUGUCUAACAAGUCAGGUAAUUUGAAGACCAUGCUAUUUUUAAACCAGUCGAGAAAGUAACUUCAUCUUAAUACCACUGCUGUCUUACCUGGCCUUCAAACUCGUCCGAUUCAGUGCUUGAUGCUUUUUGAUGCAGAAAUUCUGCCCAGGGCCCAGCUUUCCGUUGGGUGCGCGGCGCCAAGCUCAGGGUCGCCGACGUGACUGCUCAGGACCUGCUUGGCUCAACCCUUGUCAUUUCGGGAGCUUGGGCCCCUGAACCAGUGAACAGUCAGGACCGAGGUCCUGCCCGACCAGCCUGGAACGUUGGGUUCUUAAUCUCAUGCCGCACUGCUGAAAGAAUAACACCAGUUGACAUCGUUUAUGUUUAAAAUGUUACCUGUUGGACACGCGUUUGGAUAGUGUGUUAUUUACUUAUUUGAAGCCGUUGCUUUUUCAUUACAGUGUUUUAUAAAUGCAGCCACGAAGCCACGUCGUUUUGUGCUCACGUCGUGUCUUGUAUUUCAGCCUUUUCAGAUGAAGUGCAUUUUACACGAUUUAGCGUAUGUGGUCUGCGGAAACAAGCCAAGCGGGAGGGCUGAUUAAAGCCGCCUGAACUGGUUCUGGUGUGGGCUGUAAAGGGUCCUACCGCUGAGCCUAUUUUUGAAGCACUUUUUCUAACUAUAGUACGUGCGAGUCUGUGCGACUUCUUCCUCCUCCCCGACCCUUUCUGUGAGCCGCCUGUCGCUGAUUCUAGACUCUGGCCACGCUCAGUUGAGCCGGGUUGUGUGACUCGCCGUUGAGAGGUUGCAUGUGUGUCCUGUGUUCCCUGAUGACAGGACACGUAGCCCGCUGCUCAGGGACGGCGCUGCGGUCCUGCAGUUUCAGGGUGGACUGAAGAUGCCAGGGCUUUUGGUCCCAGUGUUUAAACUCAGACUCGCCGGGCCGAGCUCCCCGCCGCUUCAGGGUUCAGAACUUGGGUGUUGCAGGCCCUGGCCCACCGGCCUCCGUGUCUCCUCCUCCCCCGGGCACCCGGUGGCCUUGGAGGAGAGGAGCGGAGCAGCCCCGACCGACCUCUGUCGCCCCGUGUGUGCUCUCAGGCGGUGCGGCAGGAGCUGUGGCACACCCUCACUCCCCACGCCAGAAGACGGGGAGCUUCUCGUGCAUGUUGGUGGCUUGUGAGGAUGAAGUCGGGAAACAAGUGCCCGUUACGUGUCACAUCACUGUGGUUUUACAAAGUUGUGCUCGUUUAAGAAUAGGUAAUAAACACGGUACUGGUUUCAAAAGACACAGAAAGGGGUACAGGAAGUGUGACUUCUGGGUGGGUCCUGGUGGCACACACCUGUAAUCCCAGUACUUGGGAGGCUGAGGCAGGACAAUUGCCACAAGUUCAAGGCCAGCCUGUGCUACAUAGUGAGACCUAUCUCAAAAACACCCACCCCGAAAAGAAAACACGACCUCUGACCCCUAGUUGUCCUAUCUGCAAAUUCCCAGCAUGCCACUGUUGCCAGCUCCAGUGAUUCCUGUGCGAUAGUCCACGUGUUUGUGAACACUGCUCUGUGUGCUUUUGAAGUAAGUUUUUGAAUAUUUGUUUUAAUUAGAAAAUGUUCAUCGGUCCAUGUGUGUGGAACAUAAUGACCGCGUUCGUGGGGAGCGGUGCCUGCACAGAACACAGCGGCAUUUUCCUGAUUCCCCGUCUCUUGGUCCCCUUCCCAUCUGCAGAAGUGUAAUAGCUUUUUUUCUUUAAUUAUCG